UUGCCAUAGAGAGUCUUCUUCUCCACUCUCUCAAUCCUUCUCUCCUCAAGGUGUUCUAGAUCUCGAUCAUUCUGUAAUUUCUCAGGAAAGAGAUCAUGGAUGACGCUCUAGAAAGAGAAAGGUAUCAGAUCGAGCAAAUACGGGAGCUUGAUUCAGAGGAGCUUGAGAUUGAAGAAGUUGAUAGCCAUGACGAUUCAUCUGACGCCGAAGAUCUCAUUCCUCCUCAUCACUUUGGCGGGGAUUUGAAUUGUGGUGAGAUCACCUUUGAUCCGGAUUUGGCAUCCAAACAUACAUAUCUUGGUGAUGUUGAAGACACUCAGCGUAAAAUGGUGUUUUUAGAGGGUGGUCAAAUCAUAAACCUACCUUUGUUCUAUCUUCAAGGGGCAGUUCUUUUUCCAGAAGCUACUCUUCCUCUACGAGUGAUACAGCCAGCUUUCAUAGGUGCCAUUGAAAAAGCAUUGAACCAAGUUGAAGUUCCUUGUACAGUAGGAGUUGUACGUGUUUAUUGGAACUCCAAUUCAACAACUGAAUAUGCAACUGUUGGCACUACAGCAGAGAUUAGGCAGUACAGACGUUUGGAAGAUGGUUCAGUAAAUGUGAUAACCCGUGGAAAACAGAGGUUUCACCUAAGGCGUCGCUGGAUGGAUGAGGAAGGAGUACCAUUUUGCGAGGUGCAAAUCAUCCAAGAAGAUUUACCAUUGAGGACUCCAAGAGAAGUAGUUGGUAAAUUGGAACCUCUAAAGAACUUGCGUGCACCACCUCCUGACGUUUCUCCAACAAAUAAACGCUAUCUAGAUGAGAAUGAUGACUCCGAUGCAAUAUCUGAGGAGAGUUAUGAGUGCGGUCUUUCAGCACAAGAGAGAAGAUUGCACCUAUCUGCCAUUGGCUCUUUUCGCUAUAAAUUUGGUGAAUCUAGUAGUGAUGAUGAAAAGUUAGAAUCUCCUUUAAGUCGUUCUAUGUUCUAUGGUUCUGAUGCCAUUAAAAAAGACAAGGAUGGGUUUGGAACAUGUAAAAAGUUGAUUUCGCCAAGGAGAUUAUUUAAAGGUGAUCUUGGGAGGAACAAUUCUUUAAGAAGGCUGCGCGAAGUGCCAAGAGGAUUUUGGCCUUACUGGACUUACCGCAUGUACGACUCAUAUUGUCUCGCUCAAAAAGCAGCAGAUAAAUGGAAGCAGAUUGUUGGUUUGCCAAACAUGGAGGCAUUUGUUAACAAACCAGACCUCCUUUCGUUUCACAUAGCUAGUAAAUUUCCUGUCUCGGAAUCCACACGACAGGAGCUUUUAGAAAUUGAUGGGGUUUCGUACAGAUUACGUCGAGAAAUCCAGUUACUGGACAAUUUUGAUCAAAUUCAUUGCAAGACGUGUCAGAGUUUGAUAGGGAAGAGGAGUGAUAUGCUAGCUAUGUCAAAUGAAGGUUUUGUUGGGGCUUAUGCAAAUCCACAUGGUUGUGUACAUGAAAUAAUGACUUUCUACCAUGCUAGGGGCUUAGCUCUCUUUGGUCGUCCUGUUGAAGAAGAUAGCUGGUUUCCUGGUUAUUCAUGGACAAUAGCGGAAUGUUCUUUUUGUGAGAGCCAAAUGGGGUGGCUGUUCACAGCCACGAAGAAGAACUUGAAACCCAUGUCAUUUUGGGGAAUUCGAUCUUCCCAAGUUGCAGAUGAUGUUCGUUAAAACAUGAUACAUUUAUAUAUAGUUACAGCGACGGUCAUCAUCGCCAAUCUCAACGCAUGCUCACAGUCGUUAAUGAAUGACGAGUGUUUUUGCGUUAAUUUUGUGCCUUGUACAUAUAUUGUCACCAAAUUACGUUGUUUAGUUUCAAAUUUUGCUUUUCAUUCAGCAAACCUGCCAUGGGUUUCUUUGUCCCUUUGAAUGUCCAUUGAGAAUGAUAUGAAUAAUGAGACUUUAGGUAUUU